AUGAGUCAAAUAAAGCAGCGGUUAACUAGAUGGGUACAUCAGCCUGCAGAUCAGAGGUGUAAGAGUUACAUAUUCUUCACCACUGUAGGGUCGUUUAUUGCUCGAGCUGUCCAGUUCGGUAAAUUACCCUACUUCAGUGAUAAAACUAACUUUCUUAAUCAGGUGUUUGUUAAGCAAUGUUGGGCGUGGACACUACUGCUGAUAACACUAAUUACUCUUCUUAGAGUGAUAUUGGAUAAAUUACCCCUCAGAAAAGUUUAUAUAGUUACUCUUAGGCUUAUGUUUGGAACAUUAUUCUGGUAUUCGAUGACAACGAUAAUAGAUGGUUUAAAAGAUAACAUGGGUAAAUGCACUGAGGGGGAGGGAGAGUAUAAUACCAGACUCCUCUGUGUUACUGAGGGGGGCUCUUGGAAAUACGUCAUGGAUAUCUCAGGUCACAUGUUCAUGAUGGUAUUUUGCAAUCUUUUCAUCACCAAAACUCUCGACGAAAUCAACCAGCAUCAAGAUAAAGAUCCACUACAACUACCUCACGUGAUAUUACAUGCGGUCUGCAGACUAUUUGUUAUCCUGUUCGAUAUCAUGAUGGUGUUUACAAUCCUUUACUGGCACUCGCCCCCCGAGAAGAUACUGGGCACUUUAACUGGUGUUCUGGGCUACUUCUUACUCUUUAAGCAGUUGUCUAGCUUUAUUCCUACUAAUUGGGUGUAACUAGCUUUAUUCCUACUAAUUGGGUGUAAUUAGCUUUAUUCCUACUAAUUGGGUGUAAUUAGCUUUAUUCCUACUAAUUGGGUGU